UUCCGACUCUUACUUCUGCUUUUGUCUUCGAGACUCUCGUAAUAAUCACACCCUGUGUGCAAAGAGAAUAACCACACCAGUCACACCAGUCACACCAGUCAGAGAGCACGAAGGGAGAAGACGUUACUAAAUGAUUGAGUUCUGAAGAACAAGUCGUAGAUUGGUGGACUGAGAAAGAACGUCGAGGACAAGCAAUAUGGCAAGAUGUGGACCCCAUGAAAUGGACUACUGAAUUGUUUUACAGGAAUCGGAGUAUACACAUCGAGAUGCAACUUCCAGAUCAGGACCACUUCUUGUUGCUGCUCUUCAUCAUCUCCUCUCUGCUGAGAAAUACUACUUGUCAAGUUGACCUUUCCAAAUACACGGUACUUGUACAACGUGAAAUCAGUGUGCAGAGAGGACUAUGUGUGUACAUUCCAUGCAGAUUUACUGUGCAGUUGGGACCAACACCGGCAGCCUAUGGAACCUGGUACAAGGGCAGUUCAAGUGGAGAUGUUGUUUCUUCUCAAAACCCUUCUAUGAAACCUCCAAAGAAUCCGGGACGGAUCUUCUUUACAGGAGACGCGACAAAGUUGGACUGCUCUAUGUCUAUAAAUGAUGUUCAGCCUAGUGAUGGUGGUACAUAUUUAUUUAGAUUUGAAGAUGUUGAAGGAGGAAGCUUCAACUAUGAAAAUUACAAAAUCACAUUAACUGUUACCGAACUGACGGAAAAACCUGUGAUCACCCCGGUGAUGGCGUUAUUGGCUGGUAAGGAGGUGACAAUGACCUGUGAAAGUCCUGGAAGAUGCACCGGCUCUGCUCCUCUGAUAACUUGGAAUAGAGGAGUAUUGGGGACGAGUGUCCCCUAUCAAACUAUCCAUCCAGAUGGUAACAAGACAUACUACUCCAAUAUCACAUUCACUCCAUCCAAGCAAGACCACCAAUCAUCCUUAACUUGUAUUGUGAACUUCCAAUCAAGUUCUGCAUCAACCCGGAACCAGAUCCUUUUAAAUGUUGAAUAUCCUCCAAAUGUGAGCAUCAUAUUUAAAGAUAACAUCCAAAAUGAGAACACCCCCAUUAUUGUGAAGGAAGGAGAUUCGGAGUCUAUUAGGUGUAUGGUGGAAAGUAAUCCCAAAUCUACUAUUAUCUGGACUAAAGGAGACAAGACAUUACCUGGAAGAUUGAUUGAACAGACAUUGAUUUACAAUGUGCAGAAUGCCAAUCCAAAUGACACCGGAAUAUAUCGAUGUUCAGCAACUAACAGUCAUUCCUCCAUUACCAGGAGUGUCAUCAUCACUGUACAUUAUGCUCCUCGAAAUCCUCAGAUCCAUUGUUUGCAACCAAAAGACUGCCCCAUUGAUGGGAAUAAAACAAUUUAUAUCAAAGAAGGAUCCUCCCUUUCUCUACAAUGUGCUGCGGAAAGUUUGCCACCAGCGACAUUGCAGUGGACAAAAUCGAACAAAAAUCAACCAAAGGUCAACACAAACCAAAACCAACCAGAAAUCAGCUUUUCAAAGAUAGUGCCCAGUGAUAAUGGAUCAUAUAUUUGCCAGGCCAGCAAUAGUCUCGGGAAUUCAUCUGCCACUGUUACCAUCAAGGUGACCUUUGGUCCCAGGUCUGUUUUAGGGAAAAAUUCCACCUGCAAGGAAGCAGUACAUCAUAUAGAAUGUUAUUGUAUCAUUGAAUCAUUUCCAGAGGCCAACAUUCACUGGAAGAUUGAUGAGAAAUCCUACAACACCUCCGAUAAACACAUCCACAUUUCCACUUCUAGAAUAGAAGCAGAGACCAAUAGCACGCUGAGCCUUUCGUUUAACCAGAAGGAUGUCCCGUCUAUAGAAUGUAUAAGUUUUAAUCAGUAUGAAAAAUUUGAGCUACGUUUGCUUAGUAAGAAGUCUUUGCCAGAAACGUCCUCAUUGGGGAUGAUAGCUGCCGUGUCUGUUGUUAUCGCUGUUUCAGUGAUAUUGGGAAUUGCGUUUAUCAUAUUACAGUACUCCAGGAGGAGGAAGUUAAAGCAAGAAAGUAAAGACGAGAAGGAUUUGACUUCUAACAGCCAGGACGCGAUAUACAGUAACGCCAGUGUAUUCUGUAAUAAUGGUGAAAUAUCUCAGGAGAUCCCAAAUAAAAACAUGGCGGAUGACGAUAGGACCGUAUACAUGAACUGCGAGGAGGUGCAGUACGCCAGCAUCAAUUUUGCAAUGAUGAAACCUAAACCCGGCACGGAGGUGACGGAGCCUGAGACCGAGUAUGCCGUUAUUAAGCCGCGUUGAUGGAAGAGAUUUAAUCUGUAGGAAUAAUGUGAACGCACAAAGAUGAGGUUAUGGCUCGCCAAUCAUAGACUCCAUUGGAUGAAGAAAGAGGCACUGAAAGUGCCAAAGUUGGACUUCUAAAUCUUGAUGUUACGUUGUUAAAGUGGACCAGUACUCAAAUGUUACCAUAAAGCUAUGAAAACCUC